AUGGAACCAGCACCCAUAAUGGCUACCAUCGCUAAUAUAAGCAUUUUCAAAAGUCGAUUAAAGUCAGGAAAGUUGAUGUUUCACGGGAAGGAGCUCGAAGUAAUACCUGUAGAUAGAGUCGAGGACGCUAAUAAAGGAAUGCAACCCACCAAAACUUUGUUCGUAGGUGGAAUUCCAAAAUCCAUGACAAUUGAACAACUAAAAAGUCAACUCCCCAACAACUGUCAACCUGUUUCCCUAAAUUUGCUGGAUAAAAACCAUAAAAUCAAUAGUGCAUUUAUGUCCUUCUCCUCUAUUGAUGUUGCUAAGCAAGCUCACCAAAUUUUCAGUUCUUUAACCGUGGAAGGUCAAUUGUUCAAAGCUAACUUCGCUAAAGAUCAACAGCCUCGAGCUGGUCCUGAUGGUUCCGUAAGAGUCGCAGUUUCAAAUUGGGAUGGUCAUCCGAACCAGUUGCGUAAGCUAUUCCCGACAUGUUUAGACGUUCAGUGGAUUCAGAAAAAACGAAAGGCAUUUCUUAAAUUUCCUUCCUUGGAAGUCCGAAAGGCUGCUGUCUCACAGCCAAAGUUCCAUGCCGGUAAACAGCUGAAACUGGCAUUAACAGGAGGACCAGAGCUCAAGACUGCCAUCGUUUGGGGUUUUCCAGCUGACACAAAAGAAUCAGACAUCAAAGGAUUAUUUGGUGGCGUCGUUUCGGUGUCACGUGAUACAACUACAGGGAACCAGAGCGCAUCCAUGACUGUCGAGUUUGAAACCGCUGCAGAUUGUAACAAUGCAAUUUCCUCAAACGCAACUCUGAAAGGUCGCCGCGUGACAAUAUUUUUGAAAGAUGUCUUUGUUGAUGAUUGUGCUAACAAUCAACAGAAGCAUUCUGUAACAUCUGAGAAGAAAGCUAAACCUGUAGAAGUAGGCGUUUCGAAGGUCAAGGCUGCUCACAAAGUUUCGAAGGCAGAGGAAGUGAAUGACGCAGAUGACAUUGAGGAUGAGAAUGCCGACGAAGAGGACGAAGAUACAAGUGAAGAUGGCGACGACAGUGACGAAGACGAUGAAAGUGAAGAUGAAAGCGAGGAAGAAGAGGAUGAAAGUGAAGACGAAAGAGAAAAAGCAGUUUCCUGGCUUACACGACAAAAAGCUGGUGGAUUUCCGAAAGCAGACAACCGUUCAGGAGAUCAAAGCAACUUCAAAGCGCAGCACAAAUUUGGUGGUGAUUUCAAGCGCAACUCGUUUCGUGGUCGUGGUGGUCGAUCUCGCGGCCGCGGUGGUCAGUCGCCCCACGGUCGUGGUGGCCAGUCUUUCCGUGGUCGUGGUGGUAACCGUGGGGGCUGGUCAAAACGCGGUGGUUCUGAUUAA